AUUAUAGAUACAGUUCACCAAUUAUGCAUCAAGAAUUAGGUUAAUCUGAGAUCAUUUCCAAUCCACGUGGUUUCCCUGUUUCCAAGAAUGCACUCGUACCGCCGGAAUAGCAACGCAUACUCGCGAUGACGUAGCGAAUGCUGUUCCAACAUGUACUUAAUUCGCAUUUAUUCGAAGAUACAUCAAUUCCAUUCAACUUCGAUUCUUCAAUAAAUCCAACCUUUCGACUGAUUCAAAUAAUCUGACCACUAUAUAUUCAACAAUAUUCAACAUGGUCAAAGACACAGGGACAGUGAUCGAGGAAUUCAACUCGCUCGUCAACAUGAGCCCGAACGAGCUCCGCGACUGGCUGAAGGAAGAACAGUCCCAGUCGUCCGGCUGGCGCAACGAGUCUGGCGAAAGCAUCGGUCAUGAGAGUGGCCGCAAGAUAGUCGACAUUCUGGAAAAGAAUCCCUCGAAGGACCCUUCGAGCUACGAAGAUGAAGAUAUCGACCAUAUGCGCCGGGUGGUGGCGUACUGCAAACGCCAUCUGGCGCAGGAGGAAAAGGCCAAAGAAGACGUGAACAGUAAAAGUUACAAGUCGCUGAAGAACUGGGGGCAUGAUGCGAGGAAGUAGCAGUAGCCAUAAAUAUGGCAGUAUGCUAAUAGUAACAUGGUAAUAAACAAGGAUCUAUAAUCAUUAUCAUAUAUUACAUAGACACACUAU